AGCAGGCAUCAGCAUCGAAGAUGUGCCAGAACGUCUUCUACACCUACUCGUGUGGCCACAUGGAGUGUGUCACUUACUGCUGCCUUAAGUGCAAGGGUCCACACGAGUCCAUAUGCAUCUAUCGUCAGGAGCCCCAGUACACGCCUCUCAGGGACCAGGUAUGCCACGAUUGCAACGAGAUGGGCAAGAAGAGGCGUCAGCGCGCUCGAGAUCGCCGAGAACGAUACCUGCAGGAAGAAGAGGAGACUCGAAUACAGACCGAAGUUCAAGCCCGAGGCUAUAUAUCUGAGUCUCGGGUCUCUCUGCACGAGCAACAGUCCUUCGAAUCCCAGCACCAACAUCUCGAGUCUCAGCAGACUCGGCGGGCCCAGCAGGCUCUGCAGUCACAGACCCGUCGGGAGCCGGAGUCGUCUUCACCUGACGGCAAGAGCAUCCGUCCACUGGAGUCGAACAAGUUGGGCAACAUGCAAUUUCACAGCGAGGCUGAUGCGCUGGGCUUGCCGCCCCACGGCCUGUACCGGUUCUACACAGAUCAAUAAAAGAAGAACAGGGGUUAUAAUCAUUUGCAUAAUAAGACCAAAAAGUCUUGACCAAGUGGUGGAUUCAAAUGAGCAUCGAUGAGCCUAUGGUAUCAACACAUCUUACCGGUGAGGGUACAUGGCGUUUCGGCAUGGAAAUAGGGACAGCAUAUUAUACCUAAGUUUGGGGAGGCAUCAACCAGCGUCUGCUUUUGGCAGUGAUAGUUGCGAUCGGAAAUCGGUCAUUUUUGGUACCAAAGUUGAUGGGUGAAUCAAGAAGAUUGCUUUCUUUCUUCUGCACCAUCCGUUGUUUGCUUUCAUCGACAAUCGGAUGAUAGACUACCGUUGCAUGCUGCUGGAACGGGGUUGCAUGCCUGUCGAUCCCAUCAGCUGUUCCUGGGGCAGGGAGACAAAGACUGGGAAAUAUGG